CCGGAGGGGGCGUUUCCACGCAUGCGCGCUAGGCCACACAGCCGCCAUGCCGGAACCGCGCGGUUCUGGGUCCCUGAAGGUGAACGCAGCGUUUGCUGCGCGCUACAGCCGUUACCGCGAGCGUGAGGAACUGCAGAGACUGAAGGAUCGCUAUGGGAAUCCGGACGACGGCGGCGACUCCAGCUCUGAGUCUGACUCGAGCGAUGAGCAUGUGGAAUUUGACCCCCAGCAGGAGAGAGACUUUUACAGAACUCUGUCUUUGCUGAAGAAGAAGGACCCCCGAAUUUACCAGAAGGAUGCUACCUUCUACCAGAGAACAGCCGACACGUCAUCUUCAGAGAGUGAGGAGGAAACAACUGCCUCAGGAAAGCAGAAGAAAGUGCAGCCCAUGUACUUGAAGGACUAUGAGAGGAAGGUCAUCUUGGAGAAAAAAGGCAAAUAUGUUGACGAGGACAACUCUGAUGGGGAGGCCUUUGAUCACAGGCUCAAGGAAACAUCAACAAAGAGUUACGUAGAAGAACAGAAACAGCUGAAGGAAAGCUUCCGAGCUUUCGUGGAGGACAGCAGCGAUGAGGACAGUGCUGGGGAAGGUGGCUCUGGGUUGCUGCAGAAGCACGCUAAGAGCGGGGAAGAAAAGGCGCAGGAGGAGGUGGACUACCUGGAGUGGCUGAAGGGGCAGAAGGAGAUUCACAGCUCCGAGUCGUUAAAAGAACUGACACACCUCAAGGAGUACUGGAACAACCCAGGACUGGACGAGGGGGAACAGUUCCUGAAGGAUUAUAUCCUCAACAAACGCUACGAAGAAGAGGAGGAGGAGGAAGAGGAGGAUGGGGUUCCGGGCCCCCCAGUCCAGCUGGCAGUGGAUGACUCCUCAGAUGAAGGGGAGCUGUUCCUGAAGAAGCAGGAAGACUUUGAACACAAGUACAACUUCCGCUUCGAGGAGCCUGACUCAGCCUCAGUCAAGACAUACCCACGUAGCAUCGCAUCAUCUGUGCGCCGCAAGGAUGAGCGCCGGAAGGAGAAGAGGGAAGAGACUAGGGAGCGGAAGAAGAGGGAGAAGGCUAGGAAGCAGGAGGAGCUGAAACAGUUAAAGAACCUAAAGAGGAAGGAGAUUCUGGCCAAGCUGGAGAAGCUGAGGCAGGUCACUGGCAACGACACGCUGGGCCUUGAGGAGCGGGACCUGGAGGAUGACUUCGACCCUGCCCAGCACGACCAGCUCAUGCAGAAAUGCUUUGGAGACGCCUUCUAUGGCACUGCGGAGGAAGAGAAGCCACAGUUUGAGGAGGAGGAAGGGCUGGAAGAUGACUGGAAUUGGGACACAUGGGGCGGACCUGAGCAGGACGGGGCCUGGAGCCAGCAGGAGCUGCACUGUGAGGACCCUGACUUUAAUAUGGACGCUGACUAUGACCCCAGCCAACCUCGGAAGAAGCUUCGUGAGGCCCCAGUCUCAGGCAAAAAGAAGCGCAAGUCUCCGUUUGCAGCUGCAGUGGGGCAGGAGAAGCCCUUGUUUGACCCUGGGGACAGGACUUUUGAGGAGUACCUAGAUGAGUACUACAAGCUGGACUAUGAAGACAUCAUCGAUGACCUGCCUUGUCGCUUCAAGUACCGCACUGUGGUGCCCUGCGACUUCGGGCUCAGCACAGAGGAGAUCCUUGCAGCCGAUGACAAGGAGCUGAACCGGUGGUGUUCCCUGAAGAAGACCUGCAUGUACAGGUCGGAGCAGGAAGAGAUGCAGGAGAAGCGAGUGUACAGCCAGAAGGCCCAGAACUUGGGGAAGAAGAGGCAGAUCUUCAAGUCUCUGUGCCAGGAAGAGUUGGAAAUGCCCACAGAGGCCACAGGGAAAUCACAGGGCAAGGCUGGUCCACAAGCUCAGCUGCCCACGCUGGAUGGAACCUACGGGAAGAGGCUCCAGUCUGAGAACCCAGUAGCCAAGGAAGAGGAAUUGGCACACACAGCCUGCCCAGAGAAGCCAGCCUCCCAGAGGCACAAGAAGAAGGCCAGGCUGCUGGGUCCCACAGUGACACUUGGAGGUCACAAGUUCAGCCGACAGAGAUUACAGGCCUUUGGUCUCAACCCCAAAAGGCUGCACUUCCGCCAGUUGGGUCGCCAAAGGAAGAAACAGAGCUGCCCCUGAGAGCCAUC